AUGAUGGAGCCAGCUGGCGAUGCAUGUUGUGGGGCCACUGCUCGAGCUCUGGAUAUGUUCAAUCGUCGUGGUUCGGUGAUUGCCGUCGUGAUAGGAGACAUGGAAACGCUAGGCUCCAUUGAUCCACAGAGUGAUUGGCGGCCACCGUAUCCGCGUUUAAUUGCAUUCCAUGACUGCCUUUCACUUGCUUCCGCUUGGUCACUUGGUCUCAAUCCGUCACUGCUCGAUGACAGACCCACUGGAGCCUCUCAAGCGCAAUCACCAUGCGAAGACGAUUCCGGUGACGGCAAAUCGAACGAGAUGCUGGCCAGUUGCCCAGCAUUCAGAAAUGAACUUGGAGCGAGCCGACACGACGGGUGGCCCUCUCUCGGCACACAUGCGAUGGUCCAUUGGAAGCACACGAAUCAUACCGCCGCUGCUGCCGGCAUUCUUGAAGACGUCUCCAAUGUCUAUCUGGGUGGUCGAUUGUGUGCUGCUCGACAGCCGAAAAACGUCAUCGAACCACAGGACAUCGGUUCCUAUUACUAUCGGCAUUGCUUUGCGGGACGAGCACAUGUAGAAUAUUUCGGUGUCGACGACGAGCUCGGCCCCAUAGCGGUCAGUAUGGAACUUCGUAUAAUGACUAAAUAA